AUGACUGCGGGAUCCAUAGCUGCCCCUUCAAUAAUUCCACUCAGACCAGUAGAGAGGGGAAAAGGGAAGUUUUUGAUCGAUACAAAUACGCAGAUAGAAAUUAAGAGUGAAACAAACGACGUUGAUAUAUACUAUACAGUUGAUACAAACAAACCCGAUCCGUUUGCUACAUUGUCAACACGUCGUUCAACAAUUCGUUAUCGAAGACCAUUUAGACUCCAGGAUGGAAAACAAACUGUGAAAGCGAUAGCAGUUUCAAGUGAUGGCGUGAGAGAAUCGGUUAUUGUCACAAAAACAUUUGAUGUAGAAUAUGCGAAGCCUGAUCAUUCACCAACUAAUGAAAAUGAAAAUAAAUUUUUAUAUGAACUUCAACAAGAACGAAAAGAGUUAAUCAAACGAAUUCAAGAAGAAAAUGAACAGUCGCAACAGAAGUUUCCUGAGGCAAAUUUCAAUAGAUACAAUCAUACACAACAAGAUACUAAGAUUUUAUGUCCAAACUGCAAAGGGGCGAAUCCUAUUAAUUUAAGAACAUGUGUUAUUUGUGAAGCAAAGCUUUUACCAAAUACGUCACUUGUAAGCCGAAAAGGAAAUCGGGCAUUACUUAAUGCUAUAUCAUAUUCAAUUUCUUUUCAGCCUGCUCGUACUUCUGUUACCACGCCUCUAGUACCAAAAGGGCACGGGCAAAUGUUGACAUGUUCGAAAUGUUUUAGACUAAAUAAUAUCGAUGCACGAUUUUGUGAUUGGUGUGGUACAAAACCAGAAAAAGGAAAUGCUUCAUUACAAUGUACAAAAUGUCGUGCCGAAAACGAUCCAUAUGCAAAAUUUUGUUCAACCUGUGGAUGUGUCGUCGAACCACCAUUACGUGUCAUCGAUGCAAGAUUAAGAAAUAAUUUGAAUAUUUCCUCGGGAAUGAUCGCUGGCACUCUGACUCGUCAACAAGGUAAUCCGACGUGGUUGAAUCCCAAUGCAACAUUCGGCCAUUACCGUCAACCCUAUUCAAUAACAAAAAGUGAAGCAGGAACACAAACAUUUGGUUUAUAUUAUCCGUCGGCAAAGGAAUUAGAUCAAAUAAUCAAUCAAAAUAAACAAUUGCAGGCUGAUAGAGAAUUCAAAGAAAGGAGACCAAUGUUAACAGCAAUAUCUCCCGGGAAAGGAUACUGGCGUCAACAAAUGGAUCAUGUUUGCGCACAUUUGAAAGCUUAUGCCGUUAAUAAGCCAGAGUUUCGUUCAUUAAUUGGAGAACCGCGCCUAGGAAAAAUGAUGGAUGCAAGUGUUCGUGAAAAUCAAUAUCAAAUUACAUUAAAAGCUGUAUUUCGUAAGCCUGAACAUCUUGCUCAAUCGGGUUUUUAUUUUGAUGAUACUCAUAAUCGCAGUCAUCUAAUGAAUAGUGAACCAAGUAGUGCAAGAAGUUCAACAUUUUCGAGCACAUUUAAUUCAGACGAUGAACAAACAAAACGCGAGCGACGUACAAGAAUAAAAAAAGCAGCAAAAACCCGACCAAGGUCGGCUAGUGCGGCUGGAAUGAAAAGCCAAGCGGACCUAUCCUUACUCAAGUUACUAUCAAGCCCAAGACGUAAUAAAUCCAUUGAUGUAUUAAACGAAGUAAAGCAGUUAUUAAAAGAAGGAGCUGACGCUAAUCAAUACGAUAAAGAAGGUUACACAUUGUUGCAAUUGGCAGUUAGAAAUCGAUAUAAUGAGUGCUUGGAACUAUUAAUUAAAAACGGACACGCAAAGAUUGAUGCACGUGGACCGAGAGGAAAUACAGCUUUGCAUGAAGCCUGUUAUCUUGAUGAAGAUGGUGAAGAACCAUUGAAAAUUUUAUUACGAUGUGGCGGUGAUUCGACAUGGACAAAUGAUAAAAAAGAGAGCAUAGUUGAUUUGGCAACAAAGCAAAGUUCUCGGGAUCUAUUAUUACAAGUAAUUGCAUCGCAUCGUUCACAAGCAAUAAUUAAUUCGCAAACAAAGAUGGAUAGACAAUAUGAUGAUUAUUCUCGAAUAGGGCAUCGAUCAUCUUAG